AUGGAGAGAACCAGCAGAAAUGAGCCUCUUGGCAGGGUGGCAGCUACACUUUACGGACAGGAUAAAACUGGAUCCCCCUGCACCUGCGAUUUCCCCCAGUCCACUGAAGGAUAUAAAAGCUGGGUGACCCGCGCGCUGCCACUCCCAACGGAUACAGGUCCAUGUUUCUCAGCUCUGGCCCUGGAGGCCCACUGCACUGCAAAUUUAGGUGUUCUUCUUGUUUUCACCCACAUCAAUUCAGUGAACAACUACCUGUUCCCCAUAUGGACGUACUCGUACCUGUCCGUGCUGCCCGUGGUCUUCCUGCUGACCGACCUGCUGCGCUACAAGCCCCUUGUCGUCCUGCAAGGACUUUUCCUGGUCAGUAACUACCUGCUGCUGUGCUUUGUGCACAAGCUGACCGCUAUGACCUUUCUGCAGUUCAACUACGGUGUUGUCACGUCCACUGAAGUGGCCUAUUUCUCCUACAUCUAAAGCAUGAUAUCGCCUGAACACUACCAGCGGGCCACGGGGUUCAUCCGAAGUGCCAUGCUGACCGGUUUCACCUUUGGGCCCACGCUGGGUCAGCUGUUAAUAUUGUUAGCAGGCAUUAGCUACUUUACAGUCAAAACUAUCACAUUGGGGCUAAUGGGGACAGCCUAACAAGAGGUGUUCUUUGGCCCUAUUGCAUUAGGGGCCGCAGGGCUGCAGGAGGAAAGGCCAGGCGUCACUGACCCUGGGGUCACUGGGGGUCAGAAGGCAGAGUCUAAGGCUGGAUGGUGCAGCAGGGAGAGCCUGAGACUUGCGGGCAGACAGAUGUAGGCAAAUAUCAAAGUGUCGUACAGCUCCAGGAGGCUGGUGUACUGGUCAGUUUGGUGGGCUUUCGCUCCAGCUCACUAUAACCAGGUCUUUAACUACGUCCAGCUGAUAUGGGACUGCAUCGAGCCGUCCAGCACGUCCACUGUUUACAAUGGAGGGGUAGAGGCAGUCUGCACACUUUUAGCUUUCCCCUCCCGGAUCUUCCUCCUCAGCUCCUUCUGCACAGCUUUCAGCUCCUCCGUGUCCCCUAAUCUAAAGGCCCCCCUUUUCUCCUUCAGAAGAGCCUUUAUGUCAGGGUUAAUCCAUGGCUUGCUGUUCCAGAUAGCCACUAACCUCUCUAUGGAGUGCUACGCCCUGACGUUUGGCAUGAACACGUUCAUGGCCAUCGCUAUCCACAUCGCUGUAAUAGUGGACGGCACGACUCUGGGGCUGGACAUCAUCACUCAGUUCGUUAUUUACAGCGGCUAUUAUGGCGCGCUCUCUGCCCUGUUCCUGCUGCGAGGUCUGUACACAGCCUGCACACAUUCCUGCAGAGACAGGCAGAGAUCAGAGACAGACACGGAGACAGGGGAGACCACCCAGCACACAGACACCCCUCAAAGAGCAGGGGCAUAA